CAGAAAAUAUAUCUUUCCGCUUUUAUGAAGAUAUAUUAAAAUGCAAAUGGUUUACAUACAAAAACCUUUAUGAGGCAAUGGGACAGGAAUGUACAUUAGAGUAAAUAAAUGUGACGUUGCAAAAAACGAAGGAUUUAUGCCGUUUGCGUGGAAGGUUUUUGAUAACUCGGACAGUAUGGAAGAAGGAACGCCACCUUCUAGCAUUCCUAGAUAUGGCUCCAUUCAAUCUGAUACAACAAGUCGUAGACUUGUCAUUCCAACUCGAGUAUUAACCAAACAACUUGAGAUUAAACACGAGAGCAGUCUUAAACGUAAUUUGACAAACGUUGUUAAAACGACUAAAUACUCAAUAUGGAAUUUUCUACCAAAGAAUUUAUUUGAACAGUUUCAUCGUUUUGCCAACAUCUACUUUCUAGCAAUAGCAAUUUUAAACUGGGUUCCGGCAAUAAAAGCAUUUGCGAAAGAAAUAACUAUGAUCCCAUUGUUGUUUGUUCUCACUGUGACAUUGGUAAAGGAUUUAUUUGAGGAUCACAGGCGAAGAAGGUCAGAUAAUGAGGUCAACAACAGACAUUGCCUUGUCUUUGAUAGUACAACCCACCAAUAUGUUGAAACAAAAUGGAAAUCCAUUGUUCCUGGCAAUGUUGUAAAGUUAUCAAAUGAUGAAAUUAUUCCUGCUGAUGUAUUAUUAUUGAAGUCGAGUGAUCCUAAUGAUAUUUGCCACAUAGAGACAGCUAACCUUGAUGGUGAAACAAAUUUGAAACAAAGAGAAAUUGUUAGAAAUUCUAAUCAGGGUUUAGGGUCUAAUGGGGCUGUGGAUUUUUCUUCAUUUGUUCAUUGCGAAGAACCGAAUAGUAAAAUUUAUCAAUUUCGUGGAUUUAUAGACACUGAUGGCAAUCAGAUACCAAUUGGAACAAAUAAUCUUCUUUUAAGAGGAUGUGUUAUUCGCAAUACAGAAAAUGUAGAAGGCAUUGUAAUAUAUGCAGGUCAUGACACAAAAGCGAUGCGAAAUAACGGUGGCCCAAGAAGCAAACGCAGCAAAUUAGAAAGAGAUAUUAACUGGGAUGUGAUAUCUUGUGUAUUUAUUUUAAUAUCACUGUGUUUGAUCUGUGCUAUAGGUUGUGGAUUUUGGACUCAUAAUAAAGAGGCAUUUGACCAUCAGUAUACCCCAGAGUUGGACCUUAACAAUGAAGAUGUCAUUCAGAGAGAACCUGCAUUGGAAGGUUUUGUACGAUUUUGGACCUAUAUCAUUAUUUUUCAGGUGCUAAUUCCAAUAUCCUUGUACGUGUCUGUGGAAAUUGUGAAACUUGGUCAAUGUUAUUUUAUCACGAAUGAUGUGGAAAUGUAUUAUGAAGAAAAAGAUCAACCCGCAUUAUGUCGUGCGCUAAAUAUUAAUGAAGAUUUAGGACAAAUUAAAUACGUAUUCUCUGAUAAGACUGGAACAUUAACAGAGAAUAAAAUGGUGUUCAGACGUUGUACGAUUAAUGGGAAAGACUUUCCUCAUUCAACCAGAUAUUCUCAAGAUAACCUAAGAGAUGAAGCAGUACCUCAGGGAAGCCAUGGUCAGGAUACGACAGACUCUCCUAGUGAUAAUUCGUGGGAUCACGAGUUAGCCCAAGAGAUAAAAAGCAGUUCAUCUGACAAAAUCUCAUCACCUGUCAAGGAAUUCUUUACUUUGCUGGCAAUUUGUAACACCGUUGUUGUUUCGUCGCAUGGCAACCAGCAGAAUGACGUCACUACCACUUUAGGCCAAAAGGAAAAAUCCACUGAUCGAAAUGAAACGGUCAAUGUAGAUGGUGAAACAGAUGCAGAUGGUCAAACAAAUAAAAUGUAUUUAAAUGGAAGGCUCGAAGCGAACCAAGAUCUAUCAGGUGAUAACAGGCAAGAACAGACUUUAACUUACGAAGCUGAAUCACCAGAUGAAGCAGCUUUGGUAAAAUCUGCCACAAUGUAUGGAUAUAAAUUAAUAUCACGUGGGCCGGAUAGUAUAACAAUUAAUGUACCUGGAGAAGGCAUUGUUAAGUAUCAUCUUCUUCAUGUCUUAAUAUUUGACUCCGUCCGCAAAAGAAUGUCAGUGAUCGUUCGUCGUGAGAAUGAUGAUAGGAUAAUAAUGUAUUGUAAAGGUGCUGACACAGCAGUUAUACCUCGGUUAUCCAAACAGAGUAAGUCAAAAACAUUACAAAACUGCAAUAAUGCAGAUGCGCUAGAUGGAAGAAAUGCAAGUGCAGAAACGGAAGAUGUGUCUUUGGUUGAAAUGACGGAAACUCAUCUUAAUGUUUACGCAAGAGAAGGUCUGAGAACCCUUUGUAUGGCAAGAAAGGAAUUAACUGAUGAGGAUUAUCAUAAUUGGUUAUCAGAACACGAGAAAGCAGAGAUAUCUCUGUACAAUCGUGAGGAGCUAUUACAAGAUUCAUAUUGUCAGAUAGAAUCUAAUAUGGAGUUACUUGGAGCAACCGGUAUUGAAGAUAGAUUACAAGAAGGUGUUCCGGAGGCAAUUGCAACGUUACGUGCGGCCGGACUGAAAGUAUGGGUUCUCACUGGCGAUAAACAGGAAACGGCAGUAAACAUUGCACACUCCUGUCGCCUUCUGGACCAAGAGAUGGAUAAAAUAACGCUUAAUGCUUCAUCAAAAGAAUCGUGUGCAGAACAAAUCAGAGCGUGGCUAGAAAGGAUGAAUGGUGAUUCAAAUGAUGCAAGUCAACAAUUAAAACAAAUGAAACAAACUAAAUAUGGGUUGAUUAUAGAUGGACAGACACUACAAUAUGCUUUGGAGUAUCCACUUGCUUUGGAAUUCCUUCUUUUAGCUAAAUCAUGUCAAGUUGUUGUUUGUUGCCGGGCUGCUCCUGUUCAAAAGGCUUCUGUAGUACGUCUUGUUCGAGAGGAACUUGGUGUUAUGACAUUAGCUAUAGGUGAUGGAGCUAAUGAUGUUAGUAUGAUUCAAGUGGCUGAUAUUGGAGUUGGGAUUAGUGGUCAAGAAGGAAUGCAAGCUGUUCAAGCUAGUGACUUUGCUAUUGGAAGAUUUCGUUUCCUUGUUCGAUUAUUACUCGUCCAUGGUCAUUGGUGUUAUGAUCGUAUUUCAAAGCUGAUACUAUAUUUCUUUUAUAAAAAUAUGAUGUUCGUGAUGGUGUUGUUUUGGUUUCAGUUAUAUAACGGUUUUUCAGGAUCAAACGCAAUCAAUGAUUUGAACUUAAUUUUUUUUAAUCUCAUCUUUACUGCUUUACCUCCAAUAAUAUCGGGAAUUUGGGAUCAAGAUGUCUCAAGUGAAAUUCUUCUAAAAAAGCCAUACCUUUACAGACAAGGUCAAGAAAGUGAGCUUUAUUCUAGGAAAAUGUUUUGGAUAACAAUGGCCGAUGCUAUAUUCCAAAGUAUUGUAAUCUUCUUUUCAGCCUUUCUGGUUUACUACGGAACACAAGCUGGUUUAUAUACAGUUGGAGUAAGUCUUCAUCAGUGUGCAGUUAUUGUCGCCUCACUUCAAAUUGCAAUUGAGACAAAUUAUUGGACAACAAUUCAUGCUGUGAUUCUUGGACUCAGCGUUUUGUUAUCAUUCGUGUGGUGUAUUGUCUAUAAUGUCGUCUCACCUGUUCUGCCAGAUUAUUUUGUCGCUAUAGUAACAAUGGGAACGGCAAAUUUUUGGUUGUUGUGUAUUCUAACAGCUUUUGUAUCGAUGUUGCCAAGAUUACUGGUGAGAACCUUACAGCAAUCAUUAUCGCCAACAGAGAUUCAGAAGGCUCGUCUUGAAUCUACUUGUCCUGAAGUUUCGCUUAUUUCGUUUGAAUCAAGAAGUAGACAGUUUUCCGCUGAAAAUAACAUACAUGCCCAGACGUCUGGAAUAAAAGUAUAGGCACAAAAUCCAUAUGGAAAUCUAAUAAACUCAGAAUCCAUAUGGAAAUUCUAAUAAACUCGGAAAUUAUGUUAGAAAUAUUAUUAUAUUCUAGAGAUUGUGAACAUACCAGAUAUUGUGACACAUCCAUUUUUCGUUAAUGUGACGUCCACGUUUUAUGCUGGACCUCGCUGACAAAUAUUGCUGUAAUCAUAGUGUAAUGUUGUAUAAUGUACGUGAUAACGUUCUCUUUGGUCCUGUCAGUCGUUCAAAAUCUACACAGCAUUUUCUUCACAUCCUUUGAAUGAAUGAAUCCAUAUUCCAUUCACUAACAGCAGAAUUGUUUUUCUCAUAUGAUAUGGGCACAUAAUUGUUCGUGGGGCGGGCCGCGGGGGAGGU